UAGUAUGUAAACUACAGUUGGCAGCGAGUUGAACACAGUUGGUGGCGCUGUUUGCUGGACUUGAGUACCUUUGUUUACUAUCAUGCCGUUAGAAGGAGCCGUUUGAAAUCUAUCACCAGAAGUUAGAAGAAGAAACAAAUUUUCCGAGUUGUUUUAUUUUCAGAUUUGAGUGUUGUUCGUGGGAGCCUGUGAUUUUCGUGGAUAUGUCUGUGAACUAUUCGUACAUCUUAUUCCUAUUAACAAUAUUCAUAUGCACUAUAAUCAGUUUGACAGUCGCUUUCCCUCUGGAUGAGUUAGAAGUUAUUCAAGCACCCGAAGAAUGGUCAAUAUCCGAAAAUAGCGAUGACUUAAUCAAAAGGGACUGCGCAGGCUUCCCUUGUAUGUACACACAUAUGGCAGAAAAAGCGGGCAGGGCGUCCUUAUUCCGUGCUCUGGCGAGAAUCAUUGACGACUGCGCGGCGGAUCCAAGGUGUAAUCCAGGACGAAGAAAGAGAUCAGUUCUACGAAUGCUACGUAAAUAGGAUUUACAUGAAACUGACCAAUAGGAAGCUAUGUCUCAGUGUAUCUAUUGACCAAUCAGCAUGGUGCAUGAUACUGUGAAUAAAUCUAUCCAACUAAUCAUAUUUAUUGCUAACAGUUGUCUGGGAUUCUGAGAAAACCAGACUGAACAGAGUGGUCCCUUCCAUUAUUUGUAGCGUAAUGAGCUUUAAAUUCUCUACAUAAUAAAGUAUUUUCUUUA